AGAAGUACAAUUGGUCCGACUUCCGCUCUGAGUGUGGUCAAAGUGUCGCGAGACUACGUCACUUCCUCUUUGCGUGGAACCUGCUUUCAAGAUGUCUCUGGUCAUCCCUGAGAAGUUCCAGCACAUUCUUCGUGUUUUGAACACGAACAUCGAUGGGAGGAGGAAGAUCGCCUUUGCUAUCACUGCCAUCAAGGGAGUGGGCAGACGCUACGCCCACGUGGUCCUGAGGAAGGCCGACAUCGACCUCAACAAGCGGGCUGGCGAGCUGACAGAGGACGAGGUAGAGCGCGUGGUGACCAUCAUGCAGAAUCCUCGCCAGUAUAAAAUCCCAGACUGGUUCCUCAACAGGCAGAAGGAUGUCAAGGAUGGGAAAUUCAGUCAGGUGUUGGCCAACGGCCUGGACAACAAGCUGAGAGAAGACCUGGAGAGGCUGAAGAAGAUCCGAGCUCACCGCGGGCUCCGACACUUUUGGGGCUUGCGUGUGCGCGGUCAGCACACGAAGACCACCGGCCGUCGCGGUCGCACUGUGGGAGUCUCAAAGAAGAAGUAAACUCGCUGCAUCCUUUUCUUUGAAUAAACCAACCAAAAAUGUUG